UUUUUAAAAACGUGAAUUGUCACUUCGCUAAACACCAUUUUCGUGCAUUUUCCUGUUUUUCUGUAGAAUAUUUUUUUUAGUUUCUCUGGAGAAACAUUUGAUAUAGAAAUAGUUAAUAGCAGUUCCUAUUGCAAGAGUUUCAAACAGUGUGUUAAAUAUAAUUUAGACUAGGUAGAACAUUUUAUUUAGUGCACGCGGAUUCACGCACCAGUCGUCACAAUGGAAAAUCUCAAUGAAAGCAAUAAUAAAAAUGUGUCGUUAAGUUUAAUAGCCGAAUACGGCACUUCGGAUUCCGAUUCGGACGAUACAGAGACUCGGUCUAAUAACACGAACGAUUCAGAUGCCGCGGAACUAAGUGAAAUGGUGUUGAAGAAUAAUAUUAUAAAUGCUUGCGCUCAUGGUCCGUUGUCGCGGCCUUCAGCACGCGAGGAGGUAGAGAAGUCCAGGCACAUGAUCAUAGACAGUUCGGAGAGUGGUGUGGUAGAGUAUGAAGUGACGGAAUACCGUGAGGACAGUGAUUCGGAUUCAGAUUCGUCUAGCGAUUCGAGCGACAGUGAUGUUGACUCAGUGAAGGACAUUCUUGAAGAAUUGUCGAGCAGUGAUGAGACAGAAACACCUCGUGCGGAGAAAGCAGAGCCUCCACGUGUGCAGGGCGAGCUCGGGUUGGAUGACCUGCCGCCAAUUGAAGAUCUGGCCAUCAGCCUGCCGGCACAGGAGAUGACCAAGAUCGGCACCAUAGCCAGCAUUGUAGAUAGAUUAGUUAUAGUGCGGGCGUUUCCUGAGACCCCUGCAGUGGACCUGGACAGCGUUUUGUUCCUGGAUAACGGCGCUAAGGCCCUCGGCAAGGUCUUCGACGUCUUCGGCCCGGUCACAGAACCCCACUACUGCGUGCGCUUCAACUCGCAAGAGCACGUGCGCGAGCGCGGCGUACAGGCCGGCGCCGACGUGUUCAUCGCACCCGCCAGUCAGCACACCAGCUAUGUGUUCCUCUCAGAGCUCAUGAAAGUAAAAGGCUCCGACGCGUCCUGGUUAAACGACGUAGAGCCGCCGCCGCACCAAGUCGAGUAUUCCGACGACGAAGAGGAGAGGAGAGCUAGGAAGGCCGGCAAGGAACAGAAGCAGAAGCCCGAGGACUCCGAUGGCGAGACGUCUAAGCGCAAACCCAGGAACCAAAGACCUUCAGAAUCCAGCAGCCGCUUCGGCAGCGGCCCGUCCCGCGGCCGCAACCCGUUCUCGGCGUCGCGCCGCCCCGCACGCCCCCCCACCGACUUCGUUCCCCCCUUCGCCCCUCCCUUCCCACCCCCGUUCAACCCCGCUACGCCACCCCCGUUCAUGCCUAACGCUUUCCAGUUUGGGGGUUCGCCUCGAAUGCCCCCUAUGCCCCCGAUGAUGCCCCCGUUCCGCCACGCGGUACCCAUAUUCGGAGCCAAUUUCUGCGGGAAUCAACCGCAGUGGAUGAACGGCCCGCCACCCCCUCCGGGUACUUAAAUGGAUGUUACGUGUGUAUCUUAUAAUAAUUAGUAUAGUUGUACUUCUAAUACAAAGUGUGGUUAUCCAAAAAAUCUAUAUUUAUAUGAAAUAAAUAUACUGUGGUAAGGAA